AUGCCGCUCGUCCGCCUCUUCGCGCACAAGGCCUUGACGAAGGCCAUCCCGCUGCCUAAAUUGCAGGCCAGGCUCUGCGAGAUCUGGGGCGUGAAACCCCAGACGACGAAGCUCCUGCUCACGCGCGUCGACGACUGGACGAGCGACCAGUUCGACGAGGACGUCUACGUGAGCGUCCGCGCCAAGGCCACGCCCGAGCGGACGCGCGACGUCGUCCUCGAGGGCUGCCGCCAGGUCCAGGAAGCAUUCCGCGCCGAGGGCCUCGUCGCGAACGUGCGCCUCGAGACCUACGUCGGGGACUCGUACUUCCACUUGCCGCCGCCUGCUUCGUCCUAGUCGUCAUGGGCCAGACCAAGUACGGCCCGCCCGUCGUCAUGGGCAGCGAGGACAUCAUGGGCCCGAAGGCCCACGGCACGUGCACGCAACCGGUCCAGCACGACCUGCGCUUCGGCUGCGACGCCAAAACGGCCGACAGGAUCUGCUGCUUCAACCGCCACUACGCGGAGCACUCGGGCUACGCCUGGGGCACGUCGUGGCCGACGGAAAUUCCCGAGGAGCCGAUCAACUACUACGACUCCGUGAGCGGCAAGCAGCUCUUCCGGGCGCCCGUCGGCCGCACGAAGGCCGAGUUCCUCAAGGAGUCCAAGGCCCACGGCUGGCCGUCGUUUAGAGAUGCCGAGGUCAACUGGGAGCACGUGCGCGUUCUGGGGGACGGCGAGACCGUGUCCGUCGACGGAACUCAUUUAGGGCACAACCUCCCCGACGGCAAGGGCAACCGCUACUGCAUCAACCUCGUGUGCGUCGCGGGGAAGCCCGUGUGA